UGGUUUGUGAGGGCGUUGCAUUCGUCAAAACAUGCGUUAAACAACAUAACCUCCACAAUAACCUCAGAAAACUUUUAAAAGAGCACACCACACGUGUUAGUUCAGUUAGUAUAAUUUAAGCGUAUUUUAUCACAAUGGCAAAGUUUAAGAAGAAACCCAUCUCCGCGAAAGCAAUGAACGGAAAUGCUAAGAACAACAAGAGGAAACCACAACGCGAGGAACCUGAAGAAAGUGAAGAUGAAGUUGAAUCUGAAGGAGAAGACGUAGAUUUAAAUUCAGAGGCUGAGGAUGAUUCAGAAAUUGAAAUGUCAGACUCUGAGGAUGCUGACAAUGAGGAAGAAGAAGAGGAUGAAGGAGGAAAUUUGAUUGAUGGUGAAGCUGAAGAAGUGGAUGAGGAGUGUGAAGAAGAAGAAGAAGACGAGGAAUUGGAUAUGAAUGAGGAAUGUGAGGAUGAAGAAGAUGAGGAAUUAGAGAUUGAUGAGGGAAGUGAGGGAGACAAUAAUGAAGAUGAGGAUUUAGAGAAGGAUGAUGAAAGUGAAGCUGAGGAUGACCCAAAGGAACAUAAGAAGGCUUUAGAGAGGCUUCAAGAGACAGAUCCUGAGUUUUACAAGUUUUUAAAAGACAAUGACAAGAAGUUGUUGAAAUUCAAUAUAUCAGAUAGUGAAGAUGAUGAUGAGGAUGAUCAAGAUGUUGAUUUGCAUAAGCCAAGUGAUGAUUUGGAAGUUGCUAGUGACGAAAGUGAUUUUGAGGAUGAGACUAAAACACAUGUGGAUGACAGGGUUAUAACAUUAAAGAAAAUUAAGCAAUGGCAAGAGGAGAUAAAGGUGGACAAAACAAAAAAUACUAUAGUGUGUUUGAUAAACGCCUUUAAGGCUGCGCUAGUGCGUAUUGAUGGAGAUGAGGACCAGUCAGUCGAAUAUAAAGUUGAUGGAUCUGCUGUCUUCAAUGGAGUGAUGCAGUUGUGCGUGUUGGAGCUUGGGCCGGCCAUAAGGAAGUUUUUGGGUUAUAAAAGCGGGUCUAAGAUGCCCGUAAACAAGUUGAAGAAGUACGUGAAAAUCAGGGCACAUUUGUACAAUUAUUUCGGCAGCCUUUCCAAGUUGAUCAACAAUAUCUCCUCCAAUCACAUUCUGACAGUCUUGUUGAAGCAUCUGCACUACAUGUCACCACUGAUGGUCGAGUUUUCUGGUAUUACGAAAUUACUGAAAGGUUUGGUGAAAGUUUGGUCCACCGGCGAUGAAUCCGUGAGGGUUGUGGCUUUCUUAUGCAUACUGCGCUUUACGAGGAGCAACCAGCAGCAGCACCUCGACUCAAUACUGAAGCAAAUGUACUUAAGCUACAUUAAGAACAGUAAAUUUGUGAGCGCCAACACGUUGCCUGCCAUCAAUUUCAUGCGUCGGUCGCUCGUCGAGAUGUUCGCUUUGGACCUGAACGUAACCUACCAGCACGCCUUCCUCUACAUCAGGCAAUUGGCCAUCAAUUUGAGGAAUGCCAUCACCGUUAACAAAAAAGAGAACAUACAAACAGUUUACAAUUGGCAGUACAUAAACUCGCUGAAGUUGUGGGGAAAUUUACUCGAAGUUACGUGCGACAAGCCACAGCUUCAGCCGCUCGUGUAUCCGUUCGUUCAAGUAUGUCUGGGCACAAUCAAACUUGUACCGACAGCGGCUUUCUAUCCUCUUAGAUUCCAUGUACUGCAAAUCUUGAUUGAAUUCAGUCGACAGAACAGAGUUUAUGUUCCAAUUUUACCGUUUAUACUAGAGGUCCUGCAAUUAGAUUUCAAUAAGAAACACAAGAAAGUCUCCAUGAAGCCGCUAAAUCUAAAUUUGAUGUUGCGAGUUUCAAAAGGACAGCAGAACGAGAAUGGCUACAAAACAGCGCUAGUCGAACACGUUUAUUCGAUGGUCUUGGAGUAUAUGAGUAUACAGAGCCAGAGCAUAGCGUUCCCCGAUCUUGCGUUGAUUUGCACGAUACAGUUGAAAAAGUUCGUUAAGAACUGCAAAGACUCCAAUUACCAAAAGAAAAUCUCGCAACUUCUAGAUAAAAUCAAGCAGAAUUCUGAUUUUAUCGAGAAGGAGCGGACAAAGGUGUCGAUGAGUCUGAACGAGUUCAACUUGAUUGAGGGUUGGGAAAGCAACGUGAAGAAUAAGGGCACGCCAUUGAAUGCAUUCCACGAAAACUGGAGCAAGGUGAAUCAGUUGAAGAGGAAGAAGCAGGCGAACAAGACGGACGAGAUCGCCGAGUACAAUCUGCCGACGCUCAAGAAGUUCAAGAAGGAGAACGUGAAGAGGGAAGAUGGACCUGUGGAGUUGUUCCCUAGUGACAGCGAAGAUGAGUUGAGCAUAGAAAAGAAGGAGGUAGAUGGUGAUGCUUCCAAGAAGGUUAAAACGCAAUCGCAGAGCGAGAAAAAGAAAUUGAAGAAGAAAAGCAAGAAAACAAAAGGCAGUACAAUGGAGAUAGACGAAAUUAAUGCGAGUGGAGAAGGAGAUAUUGUUCAAGAUUUUAAUGUCAGCGAUUGGUAGAUGUUUUUUAAUAAAAGUUAUUAUUGAUGGUA